AUGGCCAUGGCUUCUGCAAAACUUAAUACUUUGUCUUCGCAUUGGAUCGCCCACACCACCUUCUCUCCUCGCAGUCGAUCCUCUCCUCGCCGUGUCUCUCUCCCGAUCCGCGCCUCUUACGAAAAUGAACUCGUCCAAACCGCCAAAUCUAUUGCAACUCCUGGGCGUGGAAUUCUUGCAAUUGAUGAAUCAAAUGCAACAUGUGGGAAGCGUUUAGCAUCCAUUGGUUUGGACAAUACUGAGGUGAAUCGCCAGGCCUACAGGCAACUUCUGCUCACCACACCUGGCCUUGGUGAGUAUAUUUCUGGUGCCAUUCUUUUUGAAGAAACCCUUUACCAGUCAACCACUGAUGGAAAAAAAUUCGUGGACUGCCUCCGUGAUGAGAACAUUGUUCCUGGCAUCAAAGUUGAUAAGGGUCUGGUCCCCCUGCCGGGGUCAAACAAUGAAUCAUGGUGCCAAGGGUUAGAUGGAUUGGCUUCUAGAUCUGCUGAAUACUACAAGCAAGGUGCUCGAUUUGCCAAGUGGAGGACAGUUGUUAGUAUUCCAUGUGGUCCUUCUGCAUUAGCUGUUAAGGAAGCAGCGUGGGGACUUGCACGUUAUGCAGCUAUCUCUCAGGACAAUGGUCUUGUGCCAAUCGUAGAGCCUGAAAUUCUUCUUGACGGAGAUCACCCAAUUGAGAGGACAUUGGAAGUGGCCGAGAAAGUCUGGUCAGAAGUCUUCUUCUAUUUGGCUGAAAACAAUGUCAUUUUUGAGGGAAUUUUGCUCAAACCUAGCAUGGUUACACCUGGGGCUGAACACAAGGAGAAGGCUUCUCCGGAAACCAUUGCCAAAUAUACUCUGACCAUGCUUAGAAGAAGAGUUCCUCCUGCAGUCCCUGGAAUCAUGUUUUUGUCUGGUGGACAAUCUGAAGUGGAAGCCACACUAAAUCUUAAUGCAAUGAACCAAAGCCCCAACCCUUGGCAUGUUUCUUUCUCGUAUGCACGAGCUCUUCAGAACACCGUGCUUAAGACAUGGCAAGGACACCCUGAGAAUGUGGAAGCUGCUCAAAAGUCUCUUUUGGUGCGCGCUAAAGCAAAUUCCUUGGCUCAACUUGGAAGAUAUUCUGCGGAGGGUGAGAGUGAAGAGGCAAAGAAGGGAAUGUUUGUCAAGGGAUAUACCUACUAA